GCAACACUGUUGAGGCUUGUUCCAAGCACACGAAAUCCGCGCUUGGUUCAUCUAACUAUAUGGAAGCGGUUCAGCUGGCUGGGAUUUUCAGCAAUGAUCGGAGCCAAAAUUCUGAUUUCUACAACUGGAAUAAAGUUUUCGUGCGGUAUUGUGAUGGAGCGUCAUUUUCUGGGGAUGCGGAGUAUGAAGAUCAAGAUGGAAACAAGCUUUUCUUCAGAGGGUUGCACAUUUGGGACGCGGUCAUUGAUGAGCUCAUGGAAAAAGGACUUGCUAAUGCUAAACAGGCCCUCCUUGCAGGUUGUUCUUCCGGUGGCUUAGCCACACUUGUGCAUUGUGAUGAUUUUAGUGCACGGUUUCCUCGGAAGGUUGCGGUUAAAUGCUUUUCUGAUGCUGGUUUUUUUCUUGACAAAAAGGAUAUAGAUGGAGAAAGGUUUAUCCGGUCCGUGUACAAUGGGGUUGUUCAACUUCAGAAUGUUAGCAAAGUUUUGCCCAAGGACUGCCUCAGAAAAAAGGAACCACUCGAUUGUUUCUUUCCUUCUGAGCUUAUUAAGAGCAUCACCACCCCCACUUUUAUUCUCAACUCUGGAUACGACUCUUGGCAGAUACAAAAUGUGCUUGUACCAGAUGAAUCCUCUCCUGAAAAGUCAUGGUUGACUUGCAAGGCUAACAUCCGAGACUGUGAUUUCACACAAAUGGAAGUCCUUCAUGGAUUCAGGAAGACACUAGUGGAUGAUCUAAAGCUCAUCCAAAAUAAGGAGGAGUGGGGAUUGUUCAUCGAUUCAUGCUUCACCCACUGCCAAACACCAUUUAGAAUCUCAUGGGAUUCACUAAUCUCCCCAAGGCUUGGAAAUAAGACGAUCGCACAAGCUGUUGGAGAUUGGCACUUUAGCAGAGAGCAAAGAGUAAAACAAAUCGAUUGCGAGUAUCCAUGCAACCCUACAUGCAGUAGCCAGUUGCCUUCCUAAUGUAAUUGUAUAACAAAAAUUGAGGGCCUGGUAGGGAAUUUAAAAUUACCCCCCUCCCAUGUUUAUGUGAACUAAAGCU